AUGGCCUCAAAGAAGAAGAGUGGGGGCUCGGGCCGCCAGGGUGCAGGGGGCCUGGGCACAGAUGGCACAGAGACGGCGGUACUGUCGGAUCGCUACCAGUUUCUGCAGCGGGAGUUUGCAGCAUUGACUGAGCAGCUAGACACCUAUGAGAAGCGUGUGCAGAGCGUGCUAUGGGAGAAUGACUUCCUGGACCAGGAGGCUGCCCAGCUACGUGAGGAGAACCGGCAAUAUGCAUCUUAUAUGUCCUCACGGGCCCAGCGCUGUGCCAACUUCAUCAUCACACUGGAUGCCCAGAACCGGGCAGACCUGGCCCAGGUGCACUUCCAACAAGAAGAGCUCACUGCUCUAUACCAGGGUCGCGAGGGUGUCGUGCGCUCCCAGCUCACAGAGAUGGAGGCCCGCUUGGCCAAAAUGGCGUACCAGGUGGAACUGCUACAACCCUUCAAGGAGCUACAGCUAGAGCAGCUGGCCAGGAUCAAGACCCUAGAAAGAGAGUUGCUGCACAUGCGGGUGGAGCACACCCAACUGCUGCACCGUGUGAAAGGACACUUCCUGGAGGACAAAGCCACAUGCGAGCGUGAGGCCCGGCAACAGGUUCAGUUGCUGGUACGCAGGGCAGAGCGUGAAGCCACUAGCUCCCUCCUCACACACAUUCAGUCUAUCAAGGCUGAGAAUAGGCGUCUCCGGCAGGAGCUCCUGGAGCUCCUGCUCCGGACAAAGCUUCUGCAUGAUACCAGGCAGGAGCUGCUGGACCAGCGAAGGCGAUUACGGCAGGAGCAUGAAGACACCAGGGAACUGGCCAAAAUGCACGGCUGGCUUCAGCGGGGCCCUGAUGGGCCCCAACUUUGGGAGCCACCACUGCAUGAAAUCAGCUCAACUUCAUUCUCAUCCUGGCUCACACCUUCCUUACCCAUGCCCACCUCUUCAUCCUUGACCACCUCCUUACCCAUGUCCCUAGCCUCACCUGUUCCCCUAGCCUCACCCACACCCCCAGCCUCACCCAUACCCCCAGCCUCACCCACACCCCCAGGAUCUUCAGAAAACACUGCAAGGCCCAGUAUGUUGGCUGGUAGCCCAGAUGCCCCCUUAUCUGCCUCCACAAUCUCCAAUACUGAGUCUCCAACUCCAGUUGGACCUCAUGAGGUUUCCUCUCCACCCUGUUUGUAG